GAAGAGUGAUCCUUCGUAUGCUGGGACUUAUCUGCGGUAUCCCUCAGUCUUUUCUCGGCUCUCGUCUCGUGCGGUUGUGUACUAAGAAAAGGAAAUGUUUUGAAAAUUGUGUGUUUCGAGCAUUUGAAGAAAGCCACAAAUUGGAGUAAAAAUCAACAAAAUUUGCCUUAAAAAUGGCACGCUUUCUGUUAUAUUUAGCUGCUGCAGCACUAUUUGGAGCUUGUGCGGCAGUUUAUGAAGACUGCGAGGUUCCCCCGCCAAUCAAAAAUGCCAAUAUUCAAAUCAAGAGUGAGGAGGAUGUUAUUCGAGCCAUCUAUAUAUGCCAAAGUGGUUUCGAGUUACAAGGCCCUCAAGAGCUAGUCUGUGAUUUGGAUACUGACGAAUGGAAUAGUGAUCCUCCAAGCUGUGUAAGAACGGCGGCUUCAAAUGAUGUGGACGAUUCUGGGACGGAGGCUUCAAAACAAAAGCAACAACAAAAGCAAAAUAUACCCGAAGAUCGAAUGGUAUCGCCAGCAUUGGCCACUACCCUAGACAUGAGCUGUGUUCAGGCCAAAGUUAAGGCACCAGAGAUUCGUCAUGGUAUAGUUGAGAAAUAUGAAAGGCGCCGCAAGGGAGACAAGGUGUUUCUGGUGGCCUUGUACGCUUGCAAUGAUAACUUUGAUUUUGAAGAUCCAGAUAUCACCACCCUAUACUGCAGCAAUCGUGCCUGGGUAGGGGAUUUACCCAAUUGCAUGGCCUUAAGUGAAUACAGCGAUGAGGAAGAGGAUGGAAAUUACGAAUACGAAGAAGUUGAGGAAGAAGAAGAAGAGGAUGUUGGAGGUGAAGAAGUGGACGAGGAAGAAGAAGUUGAACGCAGACGCAUCAAUUAUGUUGCCCCUCCUCCUCCACCAGCACCUCCUUCUCAGCCACCCACCCAAACUCAGGGUGAAGAUUUCCAAGAGUUAAGCAACGAAAUUGAACCAGUCGCUGCUCAAAGACAUGAUCAAGAAAUGGUGCGAAAAGUCGAAGUAAACGAGGCCGAAAGAGUUGCCAACUCGAAUGAUGUCAAUAAUGCUGUGGAGGAGGAAACAACCCCAGAUCCUUAUACACCACGCGUUUUGGAUAACAACUGUGGCAGUGACAACGGUGGAUGUGAUCAGAAAUGUGAACGCGUUAUGUUUCCAGGAGAGAAUCAGCCACGCAUACAAUGCUCUUGUGGUGAAGGUUUCAGCUUGGAUCCUUAUGACUACUCAACAUGUCAUGAUAUCAACGAAUGCGAAUUGCCCGAAGUGAUGCAAGAAUGCCAAAAUGGCUGUGAAAAUACCCCCGGUUCCUAUCGCUGUGUAACACCGGGCAAUAUACUCGAGGAAUCUGUGGAAGUGAAUGUGGAACAGCAACCUGAAGCUGAGGUCGAAAGAACUUCUCCACCAACUUUGCAAUGCGAACCUGGCUUUAGAGCCCUUAACGGCGAGUGCGUCGAUGUGGACGAAUGUGCCGAGGGCACAAGUGGUUGUCAGAUGUGUGUUAACACUGAGGGCAGCUAUGAGUGCACCUGCCCCACUGGCUACGAUUUGGCUGAGGACGAAAGGAACUGCGUAGAUGUGGAUGAGUGCACCAUAGUGUCCGAAGAGGAGGAGUAUGGAGCUGCCUAUAAAAUAUGCUCCCAUUAUUGUGAGAAUACUCAGGGUUCAUUCCGCUGCUAUUGCCCUCCUCUGAUGCAUUUAACCGAAGAUGGUCGCACCUGCGCUGCUGAUACGUGUGCCGAUUUGGAGAAUCCUGCCUUGAAUAAGACGCGCUGUUCGCACAAAUGUGGCGAUUUGUCAAGCGGAGGUUUUCAGUGCUCCUGCCCCGAGGGCCAUGUCUUGGCCGAUGCCUAUACCUGUGUGCAAAGCCUCAGUGGUUGUCAGCGCAAUAAUGGAGCUGCCAUUUGUGCUCCCGGUACUUGCGAGGAGGCUCAGAAUGAAUUUGGUUUUCGUUGCAACUGUCCCUUUGGUUAUAGGGACGAGGGCAAUCGUUGUGUGGAUAUAGACGAAUGUUCGGAGGGAGAGCAUAGUUGCUCUCAUCAGUGUGAAAAUUCAGAGGGAGGCUAUCAAUGUCAAUGUCCCGACGGCUUUUUCCUACCCGAUGGUGAGCAACACAAUUGUGUGGAUAUCAAUGAGUGUGAGGUGCAAAAGGAGAUUUGUGGCAUUCUACAGUGUGUCAACUAUCCGGGAACCUUCAAUUGCCUAUGUGCCGAUGGCGCUGAGCCCAAUGCCGAUGGCAUUUGCUCUUCGGCGGAGCAAACUGAUGCCUGCUAUGAAAAUCGUUGCUCCCAUGAAUGUAUGCCUGUGGGAGAGAGCUUCCGUUGCGUAUGUCCCAAUGGGUUGGUCUUGGAUGAGUCCCAAUUGAAUUGUGUGGAGUCCGACUUGUGUGCCAUCAAUAAGAACGGCUGCGAUCACAUUUGCAAUGGCAAUGGGGAGUGCACUUGCGAAGAGGGCUUCGUGCUGGAUGCCAAUGGCAAGUCUUGCCAGGACAUCGAUGAAUGCCAGGUGAACAAUGGCGGUUGCCAUCAAUUGUGUACCAAUGUAGCAGGUGGGUUCAAGUGUUCAUGUCAUGCAGGCUUUGAGUUCCUCAAUGGUCCUCUGCAGGACUAUUGCUUCGACAUUGAUGAGUGUGCUCUCAACUUGCACAAUUGUCAGCCGGAGAUGACGUGCGAGAAUCUCAAUGGAUCAUUUACAUGUCUGUGUCCCAAGGGUUAUGCCCUGGGCAUAUCACUCAAUAUCAUACCAUUGCCGCCCAUUGCCUCCAAUGAGGUAGUCGAACAAAUUCAUGAUCAUCUGAGGUAUAAUACCACCACCACCGCCAACACAGACACAUACUCAUUUCCAUCGCCAUUGCCAUCGUCAUCAUCAUCAUCAUCAUCCUCUUCGGAGUCAUUGAGUCUGCAAUCGUGCCUCGACAUUGAUGAGUGCUCCAUAGAGAAUGGAGGCUGCACCCAUUUUUGCAUGAAUCUGCCGGGUUACUACGAAUGCUCAUGUCCCCCCGGAUAUCUGCUGUCUUCGGCUGAUAAUCGCACCUGCUUGCUGGUCGAUCUUUGUCUGCGGGACAAUGGCGGUUGUUCUCAUGCCUGCCACUCGGCCAAUGGCCUGGUGGAGUGUUCUUGUCCCCAAGGCUAUCAUCUGAAUGCCGAUGGCCAACAAUGUCUGGACGACAAUGAGUGCGGCCUCUCGAAUGGCGGCUGCGAGCAUGUGUGCGCGAACACCAUGGGCAGUUAUUCAUGUUCAUGUCACCAGGGUUUCAUGCUUUCAUCCAAUGGUCAUGCUUGCUUGGACAUCGAUGAGUGUCUCAUCGAUGGUUAUGCGAAUUGUAGUUUCAUCUGUGUCAAUCUUUUAGGUUCCUAUGCCUGCGCCUGUGAGGCAGGCUUCGAACUGGCCGGCGAUGAGAAGACCUGUCUGGAUAUCGACGAAUGUGCAGUGGGUAAACAUGAUUGCUCCCAUGACUGCAUCAAUGUGGAUGGCAGCUACAGAUGCUCCUGUCCCCAUGGUUAUUAUUUGGGUGAAAGUCAAUCGGCUUGUGUGGACUUUGAUGAGUGCAAUUCGGGAGACCAUGGCUGCAGCCAUGAUUGUUACAACACCAUGGGAUCCUAUUUGUGUGCCUGCCCGGAAGGCUUUAAACUGGCCCAAGAUGAAAAGACUUGCCUCAGUUCUAUGUGCUUUGAGAACAAUGGUGGCUGCUCGCACUCCUGCGAUGGCGAGCAGGGUUGCACCUGUCCCCCGGGUAUGAUUUUGGAUCUGGAUGGUAAGACUUGUGUGGAUGUCAAUGAGUGUUCGGUCAACAAUGGAGGCUGUGCCUUCAAAUGCCACAACCUGCCCGGUUCCUUUGAGUGUUUGUGCCAUGAUGGCUCCAAGCCUUUAAACGCUGGCGACCCCUGUCCCAUUAUUUGCCCAGCUGGUUUUACUUUUGGUCGCCAGGAUCCCAGCCAGUGUGAGGAUAUCGAUGAAUGCUCCCUCCCGGGUGUAUGUCAAUACCAAUGUCGCAACACCAAUGGUUCCUACGAAUGUUUGUGCCCCAAGGGCUAUCGCCUGGAGAAUGGCCGCGAUUGUGCCGACAUUGAUGAAUGUGCCCUAGAUAAUGGCGGCUGUAUGGGUGGUGAGUGCAUUAAUCACAACGGCGGCUUCGAGUGUCGUUGCCCUGUGGGUCAGCGUCUUGCAGCCGACAGAAAAACCUGCCAGGUAUUCCAGGAAAUGCGUGACCAUUGCCAGCCCUUGGAGGCUCCCACCAAUGGAGCCAUACACUGCACUAAAUAUCGCCACAAGAAGAAGCGUUUCUAUAAUACCCGCUGCAAGGUGUGGUGCAAUCCCGGCUUUGAACUUCUGGGACCCUCUCAUCGCCAUUGCAAUGCCUCCGGCCAAUGGGACAAUCAUGAAAAUCAGUGUCUGCCAAUGACAUGUCCCCAAAUGAGUUUGCCCCAACAUGGUAUCAUCACACCCGCCUCUUGUACCUUUGGCAAAACGAGUGUGGGUGAGCAAUGCCAUCUCAAGUGCCAUGCUGGCUAUGUGCCAGUUGGAGCAGCCGAGACUGUCUGCACAUCUCAAAAGCAAUGGUCGUAUAAUGGCACAUUUGAUUGCCUGCCAAUGGCGUCAGCUGCCGUUGAGCCGCGUUUGGGUGUAUCAAAUGGUUUAACACCUAUGGGACUGCCAACAGUACCCACCUCCUCCUACCCGAUGAUGCCAGGCAGUGGCAAAGGUGUGCCUACAACAGCCUUUAAUGCACGUCCUUUGCCUGAUUUUGGUUACAAAGGCAAACCAUAUGGUGGUGGCAUGGGUGCAGGUGGUGGCAUGGGUGCUGGUAAUGGCAUGGGUGCUGGUAGUGGCAUGGGUGUUGGUGUACAACGGCCUUUUAUCAAAUGUCCUCGCAAUACCACGGUGUUUCUGGCACCCAACGAGCGCACCACACACAUCAUCCUGCAGAAGCCCAUUACAAAUUUGGAUUAUCGCUACAUUGAAUCAUCGCCAGCCUGGACUAAGGAUUUGCAGGCACAUUUGGGUGCAGGCACCUAUGUUGUGGUAUUCCGUGGUCAUGAUCCCAUGACGGGCAGAAAGGCCCGUUGUAAGACUGUCAUUCAUGUGCGACACGCCGAUGGACCCACAGUCGAUUUUUGUACGCCCUCGUUCGAGGUAACCAUGGGAGAGAAUCAAAUGUAUCGUUCAGUGGCCUGGGAGGAACCCCGAUUCAGCAGCAAAUAUAGCCCCCUUAAAAAGGUCUACAAAUCCAGGCUGCCGGGAGAACUUUUUGGUUUGGGUGUUCAUACCGUCUUCUAUGAGGCCACCAAUGACGAUGGACUUUCGGCCAAAUGUGAAUUCAAAAUCUAUGUAAAUGUUCCAGGCUCUCCUCCUUCCCUUGGCCCUCAAAUGAUUUCCAACAACAUCGAUAGUGGUGGUCAUAUGACUGCUGUUACCAAAUCACCCGGCUAUCGCCCAGUUCCAGGUCCGGUGUUUAGCGCCCCUAUCUUAACACCUCCUCCCAUGCCCAGGCCCAACCUCAUCAGCGCCCCUCUAUUGGCAGGCCACGAGUCCUUUAUAGUUUGUCCUGGACGAGAGCCCGUCAAGGUGACCAGUGCCCAAUCUAUUGAGUUGCCACCGAAUUGUAUACUCAAGAAUGUUCGCAUUAAUCCCUUCCGUCAAUUUAUGUCACAGCGUACCAUGCCCAGAUUAUGGACCAUGUAUGGCAAUUUUUAGGUUAGAGCCAAAUUCGAAUAUAACCAUGAAGUAACUCUGUAUCUCUAAGAUUUAAGUUUUAUACGAGAAUGUAUUUUUUUUUGUUUUAAUAAUCAUUUCUUUUGCAUUUUGUAUAAUAUAGGAUUUAAUAAAAAAAAAUCGCUUUAAUUUGUAAUAAAAUAUUUGUAAAUCGAAA